GCGCUCCGGGCCUCGGACGGGCGGGGGCGCGGGUCGGAGUGCGGCUGCGGCUGCGGGCCGGGCUGUGCGGCCGGGCAGUUGGCAUAGCUGCGACGCUGGGCGCGGCGGGCCGGGUGACGCGGGGCCGGGCGCCGCCGCGCCGCCGCGAUCAUGUCGGAGCCGGCGCCCGAAGUUCCGGAGGAGCUGUUCCGCGAGGUCAAGUACUACGCGGUGGGAGACAUCGACCCGCAGGUUAUUCAGCUUCUUAAAGCUGGGAAAGCCAAGGAAGUCUCCUACAACGCUCUGGCCUCUCACAUCAUUUCGGAGGAUGGUGACAACCCAGAGGUGGGAGAAGCCCGUGAGGUCUUUGACUUGCCCGUUGUAAAGCCUUCCUGGGUGACUCUGUCCGUGCAAUGUGGCACUCUCCUGCCAGUCAAUGGUUUCUCUCCAGAGUCCUGUCAGAUUUUUUUUGGACUCACUGCCUGCCUUUCUCAGGUGUCGUCUGAAGACAGAAGUGCCCUGUGGGCCUUGGUUACGUUCCACGGGGGCAGCUGCCAGCUAAACCUUAACAAGAAGUGCACACACCUGAUUGUCCCAGAGCCGAAGGGGGAGAAGUACGAGCGUGCUGUCAAGAGAACAAGCAUUAAGAUUGUUACCCCUGACUGGGUCCUGGACUGUGUGUCUGAGAAGAGGAGGAAGGAUGAAGCUUCUUACCAUCCACGUCUGAUCAUCUAUGAGGAGGAAGAGGAGGAGGAGGAGGAAGAGGGAGACAACGAGGAGCAGGACUCUCAGAACGAGGGUAGCACUGACAAGUCCAGUGCAGCCAGCUCUGCGGAGGCCUCCCCUGCUGACCAGCCGUGCUCUCCCAAGGCCAGGGCUGAGGUAUCCAAAGGGGAGUUGAUGUUUGAUGACUCUUCUGACUCAUCCCCUGAAAAGCAGGAGCGCAGCUUGAACUGGGCCCCCGCUGAAGCCCCGCCACUCAGCACAGCCCAGCACAGGCUGCCUCAGGGAAAAGGACCGGGACUCAUUAACCUGUGUGCCAAUGUCCCACCUGUCCCAGGGGACAUUCUGCCUCCUGACAUGCGGGGUAACUUGAUGGCCGCUGGACAAAACCUCCAGAGUUCUGAGCGGCCGGAAAUGUUAGGGACCUGGAGCCCAGCUGUCCGGACGUUGCGAAACAUUACAAACAACGCUGAUAUCCAGCAAAUCAGCCGGCCAUCCAAUGUUGCACAUAUCUUACAAUCCCUUUCAGCACCCACAAAAAACCUAGAGCAGCAGGUGGCACAUGUACAGCAGGGACACCCCAGUGCCAGUGCUGUGCUCUUUGGCCAGGCUAAAGGUGCUCCUGAGACACACACGUUGCAGCAGCACCAUCCUCCCCAGCAGCCUCAGCAGCAGCACCCAGCCCUGCACCUCCAGCCCCAGAUCAUGCAGCUCCAGCAGCAACAGCAGCAGCAGCAGCAGCAGCCCCAGCCUUACCCCCAGCCGCCAUCACAUCAGUUCCCACAGCAAGUCCAUCAGCAUCAGUUCUCUCAGCAGCAGCUCCAGUUUCCACAGCAACCAUUACACCCUCAGCAGCAGUUGCAUCGCCCUCAACAGCAACUGCAGCCAUUUCAGCAGCAGCAUGCCCUGCAGCAGCAGCUCCAUCAGUUGCAGCAGCAACAGCUCCAGCAGCACCAGUUAGCACAGCUCCAGCAGCAGCAGCAGCAGCAGCAGCAGCAGCAGCACAACCUCCUCCAGCAGCAACAGCAGCAGCAGCUCCAGCGCUUGCACCAGCAGCAGCAGAUGCAGAAUCAAGCAGCACACUUGAGCCAAACGUCCCAGGCACUACAACACCAGGUUCUACCCCAGCAGCCCCUGCAGCUGCCCCUGCAGCCCCCACCUCAGCAGCAGCAGCAGCAGCAGCAGCAGCAGCAGCAGCAGCAGCAGCAGCAGCAGCUUUUUGGACAUGACCCAGCAGUGGAGAUUCCAGAAGAAAGCUUCUUGCUGGGCUGUGUGUUUGCCAUUGCGGACUAUCCCGAGCAGAUGUCGGACAAGCAGCUGCUGGCCACCUGGAAGAGGAUAAUCCAGGCACAUGGUGGCACUGUGGACCCCACCUUCACUAGCCGAUGCACACAUCUACUCUGCGAGAGUCAAGUCAGCAGUAUGUACGCACAGGCACUACGGGAGAGAAAGCGGUGUGUCACUGCGCAUUGGCUCAACACAGUGCUGAAGAAGAAGAAGCUGAUGCCGCCUCAUCGAGCCCUGCAUUUCCCUGUGGCAUUCCCACCCGGGGGCAAACCCUGUUCACAGCAUAUUAUCUCUGUGACUGGAUUUGUUGACAAUGACAGAGAUGACCUGAAGUUAAUGGCAUACCUGGCGGGUGCCAAGUACACGGGGUACCUGUGCCGGAGCAACACAGUCCUCAUCUGUAAAGAACCAAGCGGCUUGAAGUACGAGAAGGCCAAAGAGUGGAGGAUCCCGUGUGUGAAUGCACAGUGGCUGGGGGACAUUCUGCUGGGGAACUUCGAGGCCCUGCGGCAAGUCCAGUACAGCCGGUACACUGCCUUCAACCUGCCGGACCCCUUCGUGCCCACUCCACACUUGGUCUUGAGUCUUCUAGAUGCUUGGAGGACCCCAGUGAAGGUGACUGCAGAGCUAUUGAUGAGUAUAAGAUUACCUCCUAAGCUGAAGCCGAAUGAGGUCGCCAACAUCCAGCCUUCUAAAAGAGCCAGAAUCGAAGACCUGCCUCCCCCCACUAAGAAGCUGACUCCGGAGCUGACGCCAUACGUGCUCUUUACCGGGUUUGAGCCUGUUCAAGUUCAGCAGUACAUUAAGAAGCUGUACAUUCUUGGUGGGGAAGUUGCCGAGUCCACGAAGAAGUGUACUCACCUCAUUGCCAGCAAGGUGACACGCACAGUGAAAUUCCUGACGGCCAUUUCUGUGGUGAAGCACAUCGUGACUCCGGACUGGCUGGAGGAGUGCUUCAAGCGCCAGAUGUUUAUCGAUGAGCAGAACUACAUCCUGCGAGAUGCUGAGGCAGAAGUGCUCUUCUCUUUCAGUCUGGAGGAGUCCUUGAAGCGAGCCCACGUCUCUCCCCUCUUUAAGACAAAGUAUUUUUACAUCACCCCUGGCAUCUGCCCAAGCCUUGCCACUAUGAAGGCAAUUGUGGAGUGUGCAGGGGGGAAGGUGUUAGCCAAGCAGCCGUCCUUUCGGAAGCUCAUGGAGCACAAGCAGAAUAAGAGUCUGUCGGAGAUAAUUUUAAUAUCCUGUGAGAAUGACCUGCACUUAUGUCGAGAGUACUUUGCCAGGGGGAUAGAUGUUCACAAUGCGGAGUUUGUUCUGACUGGAGUGCUCACACAGACACUGGACUACGAAUCAUAUCCUUUACAAGGGCAGGGUGCACAGGGGACGGGGGAAGCUGGAGACACAUUUGCAAGCUGAAAACAGACAUGAUGGUUCUGGUCUGCAGACCUUUCUCUUGCUGUUAUAGGUGACCACCUAAGGACCUGUUUGGCUUAUGUAGAUGUUGAAGGAUUUGACCAUUUGACUCCAUAGAAACUAAUGGGAGUCCAUGGCUGGGGCUGUUCUACACUCCGCAGUCAUGAGUUAGGAAGUGACACAGCUUGAUAGGCAUUGUAGUUAAGGCACAGGUGUGCUGGGUAUGGCAUUGUAGUUAAGGCACAGGUGUGCAGGGUAUGGCAUUGUAGUUAAGGCACAGGUGUGCUGGGCACGGCAUUGUAGUUAAGGCACAGGUGUGCUGGGUAUGGCAUUGUAGUUAAGGCACAGGUGUGCUGGGCACGGCAUUGUAGUUAAGGCACAGGUGUGCUGGGCACGGCAUUGUAGUUAAGGCACAGGUGUGCUGGGUAUGGCAUUGUAGUUAAGGCACAGGUGUGCUGGGCCCAGCAUUGUAGUUAAGGCACAGGUGUGCUGGGUAUGGCAAUGUAGUUAAGGCACAGGUGUGCUGGGCCCAGCAUUGUAGUUAAGCCACAGGUGUGCUGGGCCCAGCAUUGUAGUUAAGGCACAGGUAUGCUGGGUAUGGCAUUGUAGUUAAGGCACAGGUGUUCUGUGCUGGGCACAGCAUUAUAGUUAAGGCACAGUUGUGCUGGGUAUGGCAAUGUAGUUAAGGCACAGGUGUGCUGGGCCCAGCAUUGUAGUUAAGCCACAGGUGUGCUGGGCCCAGCAUUGUAGUUAAGGCACAGGUAUGCUGGGUAUGGCAUUGUAGUUAAGGCACAGGUGUUCGUGUGCUGGGCACAGCAUUAUAGUUAAGGCACAGUUGUGCUGGGCCCGGCAUUGUAGUUAAGGCACAGGUGUGCUGGGCACGGCAUUGUAGUUAAGGCACAGGUGUUCUGUGCUGGGCACAGCAUUAUAGUUAAGGCACAGUUGUGCUGGGCCCGGCAUUGUAGUUAAGGCACAGGUGUGCUGGGCACGGCACAGGUGUGCUGUGUACCUGUUGGACAGCUAAGGCUCGGGCUCCCAGGAAAGAAGUUUGCCAGUUUACAGUUCCUCUCAGAAAAUCUCAGGCAUUAGUUUUAGAAUGACACAGAUUCUAGAAAGGAGGUUUUACUUUAUUACACAACUGGCCUGGCACCCUGUGGCCCAGGCUGGCUUCACAGGAAUCCUCUUGCUUUCACCUUGAGUGCCAGGAUUGCAGGCAUGAGCCACCGUGCCCAGCUGGGGUGGUUACUUUAAUGUGUGAACAGCCCCCAGGUCAGAGUGAUAUUGUCCCUGGCCCUUCAUCUGUGUGGUCUUACCCAGCUGAGUGCAUUUACCAAACACUUCCUCUUAGCACCGAGAACUCAGUAAAUUGAGCUAGAAGACCCAACUUUGUGGCCAGUAGGAGUGUCUGGCAGGGACCCUCCUCGAAGCAGACUGAGCUGGGGAGCGACAGGAGGCUGGUGUGCUGUAACAUCUGGUCUUUACGCAGCACGUUCUGUGGGAUCUUUCCCAGACUUCUCCUUGCACUGCUUACACUCAGAACAUCUGACCCACGCUUUUCCCAUUGGUAGGGCUGCUUUUCCGGUUUCAUCGGUCAGCUGAAGGCCCAUCCCCACUCCUGUAGCCCAGUGGUUCCCAACCUGUAGGUCUCAACUCCUUUGGGGUCAAAUGAACUUUUCACAGGAGUUGCAUGUCAGAUACUUACAUUACAAUUCAUAACAGUAGUAAAGUUACAGUUAUGAAGUAGCAAUGAAAACACUUUUAUGGUUGGCGCUCACCACAGCCGGAGGUAUUAAAGGAUUGCAGCGUUAAAGUGUUGAGCACCACUGCUGCCCUCAGUGUUGCCCUCAUAAGACACUUAGAUUACAGUUCUCUUAAGGACAUGUUUUUGUGGUGGCUUUGGGGAUAAGAAACCAGGAAUGUGCCUUGGAUUAGGCUUUAGCUAUGACCUAAGAAGGGUGCCUUCACCCAUGUGUCCAGUAGAGAGCCUGUGCCUUGGGUGUCGGAGUUUGCAGCAGGACAAGGUAACUUGGAUGCAGGAAGAGGUGAUCUCUAGAACUCUCUUCCAACGGGGCUCUGCUUAAUGUGACCCCACUGCCUUGUGUGUAAAAACCAUUUUCCUCAACAAGGCCACAUAUAAAUUUAACUGAUGGCCUCUUGGUGCUGCUAGCCUGGAGCCUGGAGCACAAGGGCAGCUGCUGGCAGCGCAAACCAGGACUCCCUCCCUGCAGAGGGCUUGUUUUCCAGCUCUGCCUUAGGGAGACAUGAAAUACUAACUGCAUCGUGUUAAGAUGUGUGACCUUAUUCUAGGAAACAUAAAUUAUGUUUGUAUUAUAUGCCUAAGAGCCCACAUUAAGUCUUCUGAUUAAUUUGCCAGGUUUUUAAUGUGUUUUCAGAAAGCUGUAUGAAAUUUCAUCUACAAAUAAAAAUGAUGUAAAUAAAGACUUUGCUGUCUAAAUUAUGGAUGUUAAAGAUAUGAGAUGUUUUGUACUUUGAUUAUUUUUAUUUCUUACUUUUCUUUUAUAUUGAUAACUUGCUCACAUUUAAAUAAAUGUACUUUUGAACUUA